AUGCAUACUUUGAGAUUAUUAUGGGCAGCUAAUAAUGAAACAACAUUGCAAAGACGCCAAACAAGAGAAAAUCGUCGUAAAAUGGUGCAAAUUGUGGAGAUGGAGGAAUUGGAACUUGUUCAACGUUUUAGGUUAGAUAAACAAAGUUUUUGGCGUCUUUGUGAUGAUCUUCGGCGUUUAACGUCAUUGAAAGGUACCCGGGAAAUUAGUUUAGAAAUCAAGGUAUGCAACAGUAAUUUAAAAAUUACUAAUGUAAAUCCUAAGUUUGGCGGUGCUACCCAUGACUCAUUCAUAUGGGCAUCUAGCAGAAUGGAAACAUUUAUGCGAGAAUUGCACCAAAAUGGAGAACAGGUGUGGUUAUUAGAGGCCAAUUUACCUCCUCCAUCUAUUAUGGAAGUAGAAGAAGAUGAUGCUCAACCUGACAAUGCAUCUGAUAGUGUUGGUGCUGCUAGUGAUCAAAGUGAGCUACUCCAAGGUAGGGCAGUACUGAAUAAUCUUUUAUCCAGACUUUAA